GUAAUAAAUUUUAAUAAUACUGUAUAAAAGACGAAAAUUAUUCAACCGUCACAAGGUAGCCAAAUCCAAUAUAAAGUGUGACCUUUGGUUUUGAAUUUGGUAUACUUUCGCUUCUAAGUGAAGCAAACCUUUUUAGUUCAAAUAGUAUUGUCCUCUGGUGUAUUCUAUAUUUUUCUCUUUUGGUUUCUGUUGAAAUACAGAAGAAGAGCCAUGGCAGUUCUUCAUAACAAAUUCAUUUCUCUUCACCUUCUCUUUCUCAUUAGCAUUGGCUAUGGUGGAGUUUUCAUAUCUGCAGAGCUACAAAGGUUCCAACACCCAGCAAAAGAUGAUGGGUCACUUAGCUUUUUGGUACUUGGAGAUUGGGGAAGAAGAGGAGCUUUCAACCAAUCCCAAGUUGCUUUUCAGAUGGGAAAGAUUGGAGAAAAAUUGGACAUAGAUUUUGUAGUUUCAACAGGAGAUAAUUUCUAUGACAAUGGAUUAACCAGUGAGCAUGACACAGCUUUUGAAGAGUCAUUUACCAAAAUCUACACAGCAAAGAGCUUGCAAAAGCAGUGGUACAGUGUGUUGGGAAACCAUGACUACAGGGGAGAUGCAGAGGCUCAACUGAGUCCUCUACUUAGGAAAAUUGAUAGCAGAUGGCUUUGUCUCAGAUCUUUUGUGGUCAAUGCAGAAUUAGCUGAGAUUUUCUUUGUGGACACAACUCCAUUUGUUGGGAUGUAUUUUUCUGAGACUGAGGACCAUACGUACGAUUGGCGCGGUAUUAACUCGCAAAAGGCUUACGUUUCAAACUUGUUAAAGGAAGUAGAAUUGGCAGUGAGAGAAUCAUCUGCAAAGUGGAAGAUAGUUGUUGGUCACCAUGCAAUUAGAAGUGUUGGACAUCAUGGUGAUACACAGGAACUCAUAGACCAGCUUCUUCCAAUCCUUCAGGCCAAUAAUGUUGAUUUCUACAUGAAUGGACAUGAUCAUUGCCUAGAACAUAUCGGUGACAGUAACAGCCCAAUACAAUUUCUGACCAGUGGAGCAGGAUCAAAGGCAUGGAGGGGAGACAUUAAAGGGUUGAACAAAAAAGGGCUCAACUUCUUCUAUGAUGGGCAAGGUUUCAUGUCUGUGAAUUUGACACCAACUGAUGCAGAGAUUGCAUUCUAUGAUGUUUUUGGCAAUGUUUUACAUAGAUUGAACACGUCCAAGCAGCUUCACUCAUUUAUAUAAAAAAAAUUUGGAGCUAGAGAAUAUUGUUACACUUUUCUUUUGUUGUUAGAUUUAGGAGAUUUUUGGUGAUUGUAACUCCAGAAUCGGUGUUCCUUUUACCUGAUUUGAAUCCAUGCUGCAAGUUUCAAUUUCAAAAUAUAAAAUGAAAUUGAAGUAAAAAAGAAAAUAGAAGGAAUUAGAAAAAAGGGUAGACCAUGUGCUAUCUCUAUCCAGAAUUGUAUUGUUUUUUAUGUUUUUGAAAUUGAUGAAUCAGAGUUGGAUAAAAUUCUAAAUCCAUUAUCCACCACAAA